UCCUCGCGCCGCUGGGCGGCGGCGGCCGCGGGGCCGGCGGGAUGGUGCAGUCGUGUUCUGCCUACCGCUGCCGGAACCGAUACGACAAAGAGAAGCCCAUCUCCUUCCACAAGUUUCCUUUGACCAGGCCUGACCUGUGCAAGAAAUGGGAGGCGGCGGUGAAAAGGAAAAACUUCAAACCCACCAAGUACAGCAGCAUCUGCUCCGAGCACUUCACGCCCGACUGCUUCAAGCGGGAGUGCAACAACAAGCUGCUGAAAGAAAAUGCUGUGCCCACUAUAUUCUGUUACACUGAGCCCAGUGAAAAGCCUGAAGAAUUUUCAGAGCAGCCAGAAGAUCCGCUUCCACCACCUCCACCACCGCCACCUCCACCACCUCCACCGCCACCGCCGCCACCUGCAGCUCCCACGCUACCACCGUCUCCAUCAGCUCCUUCUUUUCAUUUAUCUCAGAUAGAUGCUAGAUUCGUAGAUCCAAGUAUCGGAUUAUUGAUGCCUCCUCUCCAGACCCCUAGCAAUCUUGCUGUUUUUUGUGAUCACAAUUAUACCGUAGAGGAUACAGUUCAUCAGCGAAAAAGAAUUCAGCAGCUAGAGGAACAAGUUGAAAAACUGCGGAAGAAGCUCAAGACAGCGCAGCAGCGAUGCCGACGUCAGGAAAGACAGAUUGAAAAACUGAGAGAGAUUGUUCAGUUUCAGAAAGAAAAAGACAUGCUGGCAGGAAAAGGCUAUGUGAUUCUGCCCAAUGACUAUUUCGAAGUUGUAGAAGUACCUGCAUAAAAGUCAUGAGCAUCCAUUUCCACUUUGCUAGGCUAAGAAGUUUAGCUUAAAAACUAAAUGCUCUGUAAUUCUGUUUGUGAGACUCUUCCAGAAUCCUAAACCAGCAAAUAAGCUGUCAUACAUAGGAGAUCACAUUUUUUUUUCCUCUUUGUUUUCAUUUAAGUUUGCUAUGUUUUUUAAUGUACUGAAAUGUAAACAUCUCAGAAAUAGGAUGCGCAUUUAUUUUUUGAAGUAGGAACUGCUUUACAGAAGGAAAGGAUGCAUUGUUAAAUACACUUAAAAUCUGUACUUUUUUUUUUCCUCUCUCUUUUUUAACAAUGUCUGUCUUAUGCUUACACAGGAUAGGAAUCUAUCUGAGAGUGAAGCUGAGGUUGUUCUACACUUACUGCAAAACUUUCUCAAGGCAUUUCAUGUUUGCUUAGGUGAUUCCUGAUAAAUAUGACUCUUUUAGGCCAGCUGAGUACCUGCAAGUGCUACCUUGUAUAGAGAAAGUUAAGAUACAUUUAUAUGUGAAUAUAUAUAUAUAUAUAUAUAUACUUAUAUAUAUAUGUAUAUUUUAGACUGGGAAAACCUCUGACCACCAAUUGUUACGUCUUCAAAGCACUGCAGAAAGUCUAAAGCCUGGAUCCUUCUGGCAUCUAAAUGAGCCUUUUCUUUUGGAGAAUCAUGUGGAGACUGAGAAGGGGAGAAUUCAUUAGUAUAUCUGACUAGAGCUAUAGAAAUUUUUUGCUUUAAGGAUACUUACAGACCCUGCUGAAAUACAGUGCUGCUCUGAACAUGCAUGUUGUUAGAUUACUGGCAGGAUCAGGAAGGUGGUGUACUGUUCAAUGUGACUGCUUUCUAAACUGUCCAAAUAAUUUGCAGGCGCUGGUAUGCUGGAAUAUGCCACUCUCAUAAGCACUAUAAUGGGUAGAAUGCUGUCCUUGUCUUUUAUUAAUGCACAUUUCAGCCAGCAUGGGUUUGUGAAAGGCAGGUUCUGCUUGACCAAACCUAAUCUCUAUGACCAGAUCACCUCUUUUGGUGGACAAGGGGAAGGCUGUUCAUGUAGUGUGUCUAGAUUUUAGCAAAGCCUCUGAUACCGUUUCCCACAGUGUUCUCCUGGGGAAGCUGACAGCCCAUGGCUUGGACGGGUACACUCCUGGCUGGAUAAAGAACUGGCUGGGUGACCGAGCUUUGAGAAUGGUGGUGAAUCCAACUGGUGACUGGUCAGGAGUGGUGUUCCCCAAGGGUUGGUACUGGGGCCUGUCCUGUUCAGUAUCUUAAUUGAUAGGCUGGAUGAGGGGGUUGAGAGCACCUUCGUAAAUUUGCAGAUGAACCCCAGCUGGGAGGAAGUGUCUGACUGCCUGGGGAUAGGAAAGACCUAUAGGAAGGAGUGAACUGAGUAGGCAGGAUAGCAGAGCUGAGGCCAAUGGGAUGAAGUUCAGCAAGUCCAAGUGCUGGGUCCUGCACUUUGGUCACAGCAGCCCCAGGCAGUGCUACGGGCUUGGGGCAGAGUGUCUGGAAGACUGUGGAGAAAAAGGACCAGGGGGUGCAGGUCGACACUUAGCAGAAUGUGAGCCAGUGGUGUGCUCAGGUGGCCAAGAAGGCCAAUGGUUUCAUGUCUUUUAUCAGAAACAGUGCAGCUAGCAGGGGCAGGGAGGCAAUUGUUUCCCUGUAUUCAGUUUUAGACCUCUUAGUACAAGAAAAACAUUGCCCUGGAGCAUGUUCGGAGGAGGACAGUGAAGCUGUGAGAGGUCUGGAGCACAGCUUUUAUGGGGAAUGACUGAGAGAGCUGGGGUUGUUCACUCUGGAGAAGAGGAGGCUCACCUCAUUGCUCUCUACAACUACCUGAAAGGAGGCUGUGGCAAGGUGGGGUUUGGCCUCUUCUCCCAGGCAAUAGGAGAUAAGUGGGAAUAGGUUUAGCAGGAAUAGGAUGAGUGGAAAUGCCUUGAGUUCUGCCAGGAGAGAUUCAGAUUGGAUAAAAAAAGGCUUUUUUUCAGAAUCAGAGGUGCUGCAGUGGCACAGGCAGCCCAGGGAGGUGGUGCAGUCCCUGGUGUCCCUGGGGAUGUUCAAGAACCGUGUGGAUGUGGCACUGAAGGACAGUAUAGUGGGCAACAGUGAUGGUAAGUGGAUGGUUGCACUAGGUGAUCUUGGACAUCUUUUCCAAUUUUGGUGAUUCUAUGAUUCUGUUAUCUUAAAAUGUGCGUAGCUUCAGGAAUGAAGAAUUAUUUUUUUUUCCCUCUGGAGCGCUGGGUAUUUGCUACUUUCAUUACAGCAUACUACAGUUUUCUUUCCACCCACCCAUCCCUUUUUUUAAUUCCCCCAAAGUCCACCACUGGGCAGCAGUGGAAUUGGACUUUGGGAGUUGCUUGGUGCUAGACUGGUUUUUAAUAUCUCAAAUACUGCUGUCUCUCCUUCAGCCUUAUUAUAAGAGUCUUUCUAAAAAUUAAUCCAGCAUGAGGAAGUAGUGCUACAGUUUGCACUUACUGUCAAAUAAUUUACUGAGUCAAUGCACUCAUUCAAAAUCAGAGACAUCAUACUGACUCUUGUAGCUUUCACAGCUGAAAUUCACAGAUAGAAACAAAGAUGAGGAGAAUAAGUUUUCUCUAUCUGUGUGAGACUCUUGCGUGGUGUGAAAUCUAGCUCCGAUGUUAACUAAGCCCUUUCCAUGAUGGCUUUAAAAACUUCCCUUAAUAUCCAUUAGCAUGACAAUUUGAAAUGAUUAGAGCCAGUCUCAAUACUUCUGACCUCACUCAUGGCGUCUGUCUACUUUCCCUGCUAUUUCACAUACUAAAAAUGAACAAAUUGCUAAUGCAUCCUUUUGUGUACAUUUAUUAAUUUAAAAUAAAAAGAGAAUGGCGUGUUAGAUUUUUAA